AUGGCUCCAAAACGCCCAAAAACUUCUAAAAGUCCGUCCAUUUUCAGUAGUGAAUUUAUUAUUCAAAACCACUCUGAUAUUGUAUCAUGUGUGGCUAUGGUUUUUGUCGUUGGACUCAUGUUUCAGGCAACAUCUCGUGUGGCUGGAUUGUUUGUUACCUUGCAGUACAACCAGACAGUCAAUGAUUCAGCAAAUGUGGAACACAUAGUCUACUCAACUGGCAGCAGAGACCUGUUUACAGUCUUUUUCUAUUUCCUGAUCUGCAUCGUCAUCCACGCUGUCAUCCAGGAGUAUGUCCUUGAUAAAUUGAAUCGCAAAAUGCAUCUGUCAAAAAUCAAACACAGCAAAUUCAAUGAGUCGGGCCAGCUGUUGGUUUUCUCCCUUGUGUCUGCCGUUUGGGGUGCCAACAUUUUUUUCAGGGAAAAUUUUGUGACAAGUGUGAACCAACUAUGGGAAGGAUAUCCUCAUAACAAUUUAUCGUUUAGUGUGAAGUUUUUCUUCAUUAUUCAGCUGGCCUAUUGGUUGCAUAAUUACCCAGAGCUGUAUCUGCAGAAGGUUAGAAAGGAAGAGAUUUUUGGAAGACUGCAGUACACAACACUGUACCUUAUAAUCAUCUCUGCUGCCUAUUUUCUCAAUUUCACGCGGGUGGCCUUAUGUGUUCUUGUGCUGCAUUACGUGGUUGAGUUCAUUUAUCAUGUGGCCCUGCUGUCUCACUUCUCUGAGAAAAGAGACAUUGCAUCAAGCAUCUUCACUGUGUUUGAUAUCUUCUUUGUCGUAGUUCGGCUGGGAACCAUCACAUUGGCUGUAUUAACCUUCUGGUAUGGUUUAGCCCAGUCUAGCCAACCAGUCAUUGAUGUCGUUGCUGGAAAUUAUAAUACCUAUUUAAUCAGAAUUAACUGCUUGGCCGCUCUUUGCCUGAUCCAAGCUGGCCUAAUGUGGAACUUCAUAACCUUUCACCUGCGGAAGUGGCGGGAAAAUUCUGGCAGCAGCAAGAGAGCCCGCUCUCCAGUCAAGAAGAAGACUGUUAAGAUUGCUGUUGUGGCAGCAGAAGAGUUGGAGGCGCUGCCCGAAGUUGAUCAGAACUCUGCUACAGAAAAUGGCAGCCUUCGGGCAAGAAAGGCCAAGAAAUAG